UUUUAUUGUGAAAGUCAAUGUAUUUCCGUUUUGCAACCAUUUUGUCUACUUCUUGGAGACAGAAGAACGUUGAAACUUGAUUUGAGAUGCCUCGCACAAAGCAGUUUCGGCGCUCCCAAGCUGCUAAGAAGAGGAUGGCAGAUCGGAUGGCUGCUGAUGUAGAAGAUGCUGUACCUCCUACCAAAAAAUUUGAACAUCACAAUGGGGAUGCUGAAGACUGUCUACUGUCUGGAAAAAAUCUGGCAAACAACUUUGAAAACAACUUUGAAAACAACUUUGCAAACAACUUUACAAACAACUUUGCAAACAACUUUGCAAACAACUUUGAAAACAACUUUGAAAACAACUUUACAAACAACUUUGCAAACAACUUUGAAAACACUUCAUUCUUUGAAAUUCUACCUGAAUCAUCUUCUCUACUUUUGUCUACUACUAAAGAUAGUAAGAUGAAUAUAAAUGCUGUUUCUGAUGUAUGUCCACAGAGAUCUUACAUAAGAGGCUCUUUCCAUCAAGGACAUCCCCGUUUCAAUCCCAAUGGGGUGGAAUGUCAGUGACCUGAAUGAUGUCCUCAUUCACGGAGAUUACCUGUACAGUGCCAUGAGAGAUGCAGGGAAAAUCAACGAUUGCACAGAUAGCUUUGUUCAAGUUGCUGAGCUGCCUGACACACACACGCUGAAUAAUUGCACUUUUUCAAUAAAGUAUGGACAAUUGCUCACAGGGUUGUUUGGCAUUUCUCAUUAUGAUGAAGGUCUGCAAGGCUUCGCCAUGUCAUUUGAUGAAGCAGUAAAACAAGCAUUCCAGAGGUUUGAUGCAUGUUUGGUAAAUAUGAACCACACUAUAUGUGCAGUUGUCAGACAAGGUUCAUGGUAUGCAGUGAUUGAUCCACAUUCCCGACACUCUGAUGGAACAUAUGCACAGUAUGGUAAGAGUGUAGUGACUUUCUAUGGCAGCAUAGAAUCUUUGCUCAUUCACUUCAAGAGACUUGGUGCAUCAUUGAAUGCAAAAAAUCGUCCUUUUGAGGUAACAGGUGUUGAGGUGAACAAGUGUGAACAAAAGUCUAAAUGUUCUUUUCCCUUUGUCUCUACUACUGAACAUAAUGAGAUGAAAAUGAAUGCUGGUACUGAUGUAUGUCCCCAGAGAUCUUGCAUAAGAGGUUCUUUCCAUCAAGGACAUCCCCGCUUCAAUCCCAAUGGUGGUAAGCAAUGUGCUGCAAACAGUUUAAUUGCCAUUGUCAUGUCUAAGAUGAAAAAUGUGUUGCAGUGGACCGUCAGUGACCUGAAUGAUGUCCUUAUUCACGGAGAUGACCUGUACAGUGCCAUGAGAGAUGCAGGGAAAAUCAAAGAUCCCAUAGAUCAGUACAUUGAAGUUGCUGAGCUGCCUGACACACACACACUGAAUAAUUGUACUUUUUCAAUAAAGUAUGGACAAUUGCUCACAGGGUUGUUUGGCAUUUCUGGUUAUGAUGAAGGUCUGCAAGGCUUCGCCAUGUCAUUUGAUGAAGCAGUAAAACAAGCAUUCCAGAGGUUUGAUGCAUGUUUGUACAGCAACAAAACAAUAUUUGCUUGA